AUGAAGGCUUAUCGGUCCACACUGAGAACAAUGAAGCUGCUCAUUCUUCUGUUCCAGCUUGGUCUAAUUUUGAGGGCUGAUGCUCAGAUACCAGACGCUUGUAUUUUAAGUCCUACAAACAGAGCUCCAGAAAACUCUGACAUAUUCGUGACCUGUGGCACUGAGAAUAUGGACCUGAGCAUCUACCUUUGCCCGAUAUACUAUGCUUCUUACAACGAGUCCCUGAUGGUCCUCAAUAAUCAGAUCACCAAUCCUAGAUGUUUUGGGACUGCUGACUUCAUUGCCGUCCCACCAAGAUUAAGAUACAGCUUUCCCAUAAAUACAACCUCUCUAUCUUUCUGCAAUAAUAAUUUUGAGAUAACCACUCAAGUUGGGACUGGGCAGUUUUCUGACUUUUCAAAUAUCCAGUACGUCAACGUCUCUGGCACUGUUACUUCUAUAGACCCCGCUGCGGGCACGAUCACCUACAAGCCCCAGAUCCUGUAUAAGUUCUCCUGCAAAUACCCCAUGCAAUAUCUGCUCAACAACACAAACUUGGCUGUAUCUGGUGUGACUCUGGCCAUUAAAGACAACAAUGGCACCUUUCUCAGCACACUGAGUAUGCAACUCUACAAAGAUCAACAGUACCAACAAAUCUUAACCAUCCCAGAAACAGGACUUGACUUGAAGACGAAGAUUUAUGUUUCAGUGAAAGCCACCAAUCUAACAAAGAAGUUCAAUGUGCUGCUGGACAGAUGCUUUGCAACAACAAGUCCAUAUCCCACGCAAAGCACCUCUUAUGAUCUGUUUGUGGGGUGUACACGGGCUCCACAGACUGUGGUGGAACUAAACGGAGUGUCACAUACUGCAAACUUCAACUUUGAGGCCUUCAGAUUUGUGGAGCACAAAAAUCGGACAGUUUCCACUUUCUACCUGCACUGUGUCACCAGACUCUGUGAGGCAUCCACAUGUAGCUCAUUGAUGCCUAACUGUGGCACCCCUCAAAAAAGGAGAAAGAGAGAGGUGGAGACUGUGUCGAGCAAUGCUACAGUCACCUCUCCCAUCAUAGUUGUGGGCAACCAGAAAACUGGAGAAGAUCAAAAUUCUGACGGUGUGAGAAAUGGGGGCAGCUAUAGCGGGCCUCUGGCGGCUGUCGUCAUGUGCUUCGCCAUAUUUUCAGCACUGCCCUGACCAUUCACGGCGGGAAGUACAUCAGGCGCACAAAGAGGAAGUUCUAAUAUCUUCUGAGUCAGAGUGGAGUCCUUUUACAGAUCUCCCAAACUGCUAGUGCAGUAUUUCAUCAUCUACAAUGCAUGGUCAUUAUACAGUAGAUAAUAAAACAGGUCAUGGGGAACAAUAGUAAGGAACAUUGCAUGGUCUUUUUCACAUUUCUAUGUAGCUUUUUCAUUUCACAAACAUUUUACAUGGUGGUCGGCGGUUAUCUAAGCAUGCAACUUCAGCAUAAAUCAUAUAUUUGUUUAUGGGGAGAUAAGGGCUCAGAAUAAUUUAAAAUAACUGUGUAUGACAAAUAAAUGAUUUGAACCAGGAUGUCAAGAGUCUUAUUGAAGAUAAGGAAUGAUGGCACCUUGAAAUCAAUGACAAUGAACUUUUAAAUGGGUUUUGAGUUGAGAAUGGUGAAAAAAGUAGCUGCUCAUGCUACAUUGUUUUGUUUUUUUUCCUCUUUCGGCUGCCUCUUACUGCAGACAGCAGAGGGAGCUAAUAUGUUGAUGUUAAAUAAUAAAUACUUGUUGACAUUUA